AUGUCCACGAAUGAACCCCCAGCGCAGCCCGAGGUUUCCGCCUCCGAACUCGAUUCCAGCCGCACAGCGAGACAGAUAUACGCGCUAGGGGAUGUCGAAAAGGACAUAGCCCGCCUUCUACAGCUCGCCUCCUCCUCGAUAUCUCUUCUCACCCUGCCUCAAACGGACGGCGAAACCGACAAUCUACCACAGGGAGAGGAACGGUCUGAACAGUUUGUGCUGGAAGUGAGCGAAUAUUUUGAACGGCUUGACAACAUCCAAUUUGCCAUUCGUUCUUCCCUCGCCCACAUACGACAGUCACGCAUACCACCCACCUCCAUCGACGCGCCAUCCCAAGGAUUCAGACCACGAGCCCCUGGAGUCGGUCUUCCCCCGCUGAACAGACAAGAUCCAUUGGCCGAGCAGCCUAAGAUACGCGGACUGCAGGAGGAGCGAACGGAGAGGGAUGCAUGGCAAGGGAUCCUCGAUGCUCUGACUCGAAUGCGAGACCUUCGAGCUCAGGAACGUCAAGAUGCGAAGGAUGAGCAGGAAGACGUGGACAUGUCUUGA